AAAACUGAGCUCCCCAGCCUCACUGCAUGCAAAGCGUGAGGUGCCAGCAGCACCCACCGUAGGGAAGGACUGGGCUGUAUGCAAGACCUGGUUAGUCUGAGAUCUGCUGCCUGUGAUUUGAAAGCUGUCACUGGGAUUUUUUAGGAGUGUGUGCAUUUAGAGGAUGUUUUUUGRGAAGAUAAUAGCCUGCUGCAAGUGAGAGCUGGGAAAAGCUGUCUCUCGCUGCUGCUGCUGCUGCAGUAGCUGGUGCAGCAUGAGUGUGUAAAGGAGAGCUGCCGGAGCYGUGCUGUGAGACUCCCGUCCUGCUCUGUCUUCAUUAACUGGAGGGAUACAGAGGGAAACAGAUGCACUAAGCAAGUGCCACACUGGAUCUAUUACUGUGCUCUCUUCACUGUGGAAAAUGGUCAACAAAGACAUGAAUGGAUUUCCAGUCAAGAAGUGCUCAGCCUUUCAGUUUUUUAAAAAAAGGGUACGAAGGUGGAUUAAGAGCCCCAUGGUCAGCGUUGAGAAACACCCAAGCUCCAGCCUCAAGUACCCGGGUUCCRCCAUGGUGCACUUGCCUCAAGGGGAUGCAGAGCUCGAGCCCUCCCUCUGCCAAACGUGCUUGAGCGACCACCCUUUUCCGCGGGGGAUCRGCCCUCAGGAGGCUGAGUCGUGCUCUUGGGAAAGCCAGAGGACCAGCAAAACGAAGGAACCCUGUAACAAAGGUGACUUGCUGGCUCAGCCGGAUCCUGGAAGCCUCUGGGGUGGCGAGGACACAGCUUUCAUGAAGCAAAGGAGAAUGGGGCUGAACGACUUCAUCCAGAAGAUCGCCACCAACUCCUAUGCCUGCAAGCACCCUGAAGUUCAAUCCAUCUUGAAAAUCUCCCAGCCUCAAGAGCCUGAACUUAUGAACGCUAAUCCUUCUCCUCCACCCAGUCCUUCACAGCAGAUCAAUCUUGGUCCAUCAUCCAACCCACAUGCCAAACCAUCAGACUUCCAUUUCUUAAAAGUGAUUGGAAAAGGCAGCUUUGGGAAGGUUCUCCUCGCACGGCAUAAGGCAGAAGAACAAUUCUACGCUGUCAAAGUCCUGCAGAAGAAAGCAAUCCUGAAGAAGAAGGAGGAGAAGCACAUUAUGUCAGAGCGCAAUGUCCUGCUGAAGAAUGUGAAACACCCCUUCCUGGUCGGGCUUCAUUUUUCCUUCCAAACGGCAGACAAGUUGUAUUUUGUCCUAGACUACAUCAAUGGUGGAGAGUUGUUCUACCAUCUCCAGAGGGAACGUUGCUUCCUGGAACCCAGAGCCCGUUUUUAUGCUGCUGAAAUAGCCAGUGCACUGGGCUACUUGCACUCGCUGAACAUAGUUUAUCGCGACUUGAAGCCAGAGAAUAUCCUGCUUGACUCUCAGGGGCACAUUGUCCUGACCGACUUUGGACUCUGCAAGGAGAACAUAGAGCACAAUGGCACGACCUCCACUUUCUGCGGCACGCCGGAGUAUCUUGCUCCUGAAGUCCUUCACAAGCAGCCCUACGACAGGACCGUUGACUGGUGGUGCCUUGGAGCAGUUUUAUACGAGAUGCUCUAUGGCCUGCCGCCUUUCUACAGCAGAAACACGGCAGAAAUGUAUGAUAACAUCUUGAACAAACCACUGCAGUUGAAGCCAAAUAUUACCAACUCUGCCAGGCAUCUCCUGGAAGGCCUUUUGCAAAAGGACAGGACAAAGAGGCUUGGUGCCAAGGAGGACUUUAUGGAGAUUAAGAAUCACAUCUUCUUCUCCCCAAUUAACUGGGAUGAUCUUAUUAACAAGAAGAUUACACCCCCUUUUAACCCAAAUGUGAGUGGCCCCAGUGACCUGCGACACUUCGAUCCUGAGUUUACGGAUGAGCCAGUGCCCAACUCCAUUGGCCAGUCUCCAGACAGCAUCCUCAUUACUGCCAGCGUCAAAGAAGCUGCUGAGGCGUUUUUGGGCUUCUCCUAUGCCCCACCCAUGGACUCUUUCUUGUGAACACUUUGUGUGUUUUUGCUUUUUUUUUUUUUWAAUAAUAAUAACUAUUAUUUUUCGCUUGGUCAUCUGGUGGAACUGCCAGAUGACCAGUCAUCUUGAAACAGAAUUUGCACAUUUCCACCACGGCAGCUUUGCAGCCUUAAUUUCAACUACACUGUUUGCUGGAAGGGUUUCUGAAGAGGACAUCACUCCCUAAAUGAGCUUCACAGGCUUUUGAUUUCCAUUUGUUCUUCCCCCAAAGUGGUGCUGUCUCCUUGGGCAAGAAAAACAAACAGAAAUGACUGCUGCCAUAGACCACUUUGGCAGACUGUAGGAGUAAGAACAAGCUGUUUUGAAAUCAUGUUCUGAAAAGCCUUGCCUGAAGAUCUAUGCGAAUGUGAUAAGGAUUUAUGAAAUGUGCCUUUUUCUGAUGAGAUCUUGUUAGCUCCAAAGCUUUUCCUGUUGCAGAGUGUGUUUCUCAGUUCAUUUUAUGUGGGUUUACUAUGUGAACAAAUGGUAUGUGUGUGGUCUGCGUACUACAGAUGGACCUAGUUUAAAGCAUCAAUGUGACACUUGCAGGAUACCACAAUGUGGGGCAUUGUUUGUUUCUUCCAUAUUUGGAAGAUAAAUUAAGUGUAAUUUUGAUUUUUUUUUUUUUUGUAAAUCUAUAUAGUCAACUAAAAUUAUUGAAAUGGGCUUACAAUUACUUCUAUCCAAAUGCUUGAAGAAAGCAUUGCUGCUAUGAAAAAAAGAUUUCUAUUUUUAGAAAGGGUUUUUAUGGACCAAAAUGCCCCAGCUGCAGUCAAUCAAAGCUGUUUUUUUUUCUUUCUUUUCUUUUCUUUUUUUUUUUUUUUUAAGUUUAAAAGAUGUCAUCUGUAAAAUGGGCAUUAUUUAUGGUUUUGGGGGGGUUUCAUUCCUGAUUGUAUGUAUUGUAAAAAUAUA